AUGGGUUACGUUCUUCUCGCUCCAUACAAUGACUCUAUGCACUUGGGUCAAGGAUUCAAUUCCUUUCUUCAGAGACCUUGCAUAGACGGGGCCGUGAAACUCACCCAGGCCGACCUUCAAACCCAAGCGGCACGAGCCGGAAGCCCUUCAAAUGUAUCUCAAGUGGUAUCUUACAGCUCACGUUUGGUGGAGAAGAUCUCAGAUGUUGUCAGAGGCAUGAAUAUCAGCGCGGCUUCCUCCAUCAAGUUAGGAACUAUUCAAGUCUCUGGAAAUUCUCUGAGUGUGGAUGAGGCCAAGUUUGCGGCCAGUGACAUGAAUGCAGUUAUCUCUGUCAAAGUUAUCAAUCAGAUUACUUCAGCCAUCAAGAACCCUCCUUUACUUAAAGGCGCCAUGAAUGGCUCUGCCGGAGAGUUUACACUCAGUGAAGGAACGGCCAGCUCUACCAUCGAAGCAGCAGUACAGGAGACAGAAUCCACUGUCACCGUCAAUUGGUCUGGUGGGGGACAAAUCAAGAAUGACGAUGCAGAGUGGACACUCGCCUCUCUGAUUAGCGCUGCAUCUGCAUUUCCAGGGCGCGUUGCAGCUUGUCCACACAAAACAUACGCCAUCCUGACUCCUUACAACCGCAACCGGAGCUUCGUUGAGUGGGCGGAGCAAAACAAUAUCACUGUACCCGACUUUUCGCCAGUUCAGCAGUAUACACACGACCUUCUCGACAGUUUCAUGGAGUUCAAGAGCAUUUUGGGUCGCAUCCAAGCCGUUCUUGCUAAUCCUCAAGCCUACCUACCAAGUUCAUUCGAUAACGCCGUCAGCGUCGAUGUUAAAGCACUAGUGCUAGAGCGCCAGAAAAUAAAGAAAGAGAUGGUAAAGAUUGGUAACAUAGUUGAUAAGCUGUUGGCUACGCCAAACUGCAACCCUUCGACUCUUAUCACUGAAGAGGUGGAAUCUCCAGAGAUCUGGGCAGCCCGGCUCCCGGUUCUGGUAGAAUCUACAAUGGUCAACAAUAAGCUAACUGCCUUGGAAACAGCAGACGUUAUCAGUGGAUUUUACAAUAACGAUCCAACACAAGAUACAGCCGAACCCGAAAUCCCCGCCAGCCUUGGCAGCAAGAUGAAUGAUAGCAUGAAGGCAGUGCAAGAUGCGACAAAGGAGAAGGAGAAGGAAAUCGAAAAGGAGACUCCAGUCGUCGAAAUAUGCUCGGCCAGCAUCAAAGCAAGUCUCACUCAACAAGAACGAGCCUUUGUGGAUUCAGAGUUCAACAGAAGAAAAUACUCGCAGUACCGAUUUGGCGACUUAGUUGGUGUCCCAGGCGGAAGAUUCUUUGUUGACACGCUAUUCCUUGAACAGGCAAUGGUACAUGUAUCAUGGCCAGAUCGUAUCGAAAUACUUCUACAAGAUCUGAACGAUAGCAGAGUUUAUGCGCUGCGCACAACGUAUCAGGAAACGCAAGAGUCACAUGGUAAAAAUAUGGGAGAAACAGUAGACAGCACGUUUAUUCAUUUGGAAGAGGGGGAGGUUGUCAAUGAAGUGACAUUGGGCAGGAGAGAUACGACUGGAGUGGCAUUCAUUCGGCUGCGUACCUCGAAGAAUAGGGAGACGCGUAUCGGCACACUGAAAGAUUGUGUGGAGGUGACGAAAUGUGUACCUUAUGAUGGCUGCACGGGGCUCAAGGGUUUCUGGGGUGGCUCGGGGGAUCUUGUUGAUAGACUUGGUCCUAUUUGGGUUGAGAAUUUCCAGGUCCCUGUACCUGUCGGGGACUGCUCCAUCCAUAUCCUUAUCAAAACACCAACGUCCGUAGCAUACGCCUUCAUUAUGGAUGGCGGCGUGGACUCCGGCGGAUAUUCUGCCUCCGAAGCUAUAAAAGAUACACUGAAAUAUGUCAAUCAAUAUCUUAAAUCCACAUACAAGAUGAAAAAGUCGAUCAAGUUCAGCUUGUGGGUGGUGACGCACUGGGACGAGGAUCAUUUUCUGGGGAUGAUGGACUUACUUGCAAAGCAAUUAGAACCAUCUAAGCCUUCGGAUUGGAUGACUGAAAACUUUGUUAAGAAGCCAAAAUUGUACUGCGGUCGUUUGGAAAAUUUUAAACAGCAACUCAAUGCUCUCGGUUUUGAGGCCGCUGGUGGCGAAUCAGUACUAGGAUAUGACCUCCUCUCUGGAGGCCAAAUAUUUGAUAAGAAUGGAACUCCCAUUUGUGAAAGUGUUUGGGAAGAAGACCGUCCGCGCUUUUGCAUCGUGGGCGCAAAUGGCCGCGGCCUUACAGUCUCAAAGGCGCAGCAGAAGGUUACCAGAAAUCAGUCAUCGAUUUUGGCUGUAUUGUUCUGGCCUAAAGAAGGCCGUCGUUGCUGUUUUUUCACCGGUGGAGAUGGAAAUCCAGAAUUAGAACGUGGUAUAAUCAACAAUUUCCUCAGCAAAAGCGAUUUUAUCAAGUUAGGCGACGGACUUGAUCUGAUGAAGCUUGAUCAUCACGGCUCUUCCCAGGAAAACAUCUAUGGCGGCGACCUUAGAAAGGUAAAAGCGGUACGGAAGCUGGCACUGUCCAUGAUGCCGAUAGGUCUAUUUAAGCCCAAGAACAUCCUCAUCACACCAGGAAAUCUCCAUGGACAUCCGACCUUUGACGUCGUUCACUGCCUUUUUGAUCUUCUUGGCACAACGACUGGACUGGCGAAAGAUACUGGGAAACCAGUAGGCAGAGUAUGGACUACACGUUCUCCAUAUUGGGCUACCAAGCCACUUGUAACAACGAAAGAUCUCAACCCGUCACACAAUCAGGACUUGGAGGAUAUCCACAAAAAAGAACUUCAGGCAUACCAAGAUCCUACAAAAAAAUUCUUAGGGACGGGGAUGCUCAUGGCCGUUGAAGCUGAGGGUAGUGGGACACGUUUAAAGCGGGCUCAGGGCCUUAAGGCUUGGAGGAAGAAGAUACUGCAACAAAGUGCUAUACUGGAUGGGCAUAAUCCAACUGACUACCGGGUGGACAGCAAAGCGAAGUCGGAACUCAUAGAACUGAAAGAACAAAAACGUCAUUCUGCCAUUCAAGAAGAAGAAGAGGAGGCUGCAGCGAGCGCACAGUUCGACUAUGACUACAUAUCUUACGAUGAUGUUAUGAACAUCCGUUUCGCAGGGGUCGAGAUGUGGAAUCUUAUCUGUGACCAGGGCAUUGUGCCUCCGGCUGAGAAUCCCUUCUUUAUCAUCCACUUCCGUUGGGAAAAUGCUGUAUUCUCCACGGUCAAGUGCCUAGGAAUGGAUGGCGUUGAACGGAAGGGCUACAGAUCUGAGCCCAUUGUCCCACCUCGUUACUCCCAGAGGCUGGCUGACAUUAAAGAAGCACAGAAAAAGGAGGUACUGAAACUUCUCAAGAAGAAGGCCAGGGAACUGAAGAUGGCAGAAGAUUCAAAGGUGGCUCAUAGCAAGCGCAAUAGGUUGAAAAGCCAAGGCAGAGAUCAGGAUAGCGGGCUUGGCCUUUCUGCUUCUGAAUCCGGCUGCCAAUAUAAUGUUCAGGACUUCGAGAAGCAGAAUACCUUCACUCACAUCAGCCGAUUGAACGAUAGUGCAGUCAGGCAAAGCUUUACCAGUACAAGCUUGGGGGGCUUUGAUAUCCGACCAUUGGGAAAUAUCAGCUUUCAGGCCAACCUCUUUCCGGGUACCUCUCUUUCUAGGAACGAGGACAGAAUUAUCUCGUUGCAUGGCUUGACCCUGCAAGACUUCAGCUCGACACUCGAGGCCGACAAAGGAUUACAAGAUUCGGUUAUGCGUAACCCAUUCACGUUCAUCAAGGAACUUGAAGCCGACUACCAACUCAAGUAUCGCUUUGAUGGUGAUGAUAACGAUGAAGAUGUAGUUCUUAAAAAUAUUUGGGAAGAUGCAGAUAAGGAAAUUGACGUGACUCUCGAGAAGCUAAACAAUCUUCAAAAGGAGUGGCAAACAGCCUGGGAAGAAAGUCAAGCAGAUAUCGAGAAGGAGGAGACAAGCAAGCAAAAAAAGAAAAGGAUAAGAGCAGCAGUCAAGCUUAUGGAAAAGAUCAAAAAGAAUGCAGAGAAGACUGUAGCAAACCUAGAUCCGACGCUUUUCACUGGAAAUCUCAAUGCAGCCUCUCGUGCAGAGAUCGAGAAGCUACUGGUGAUGGCUAUUACUUACAGGCCUCCCGACGUGGAAGAAGAGAAGGAACCAGAGACUGGUAGAGGCCGCAAAGGUCACCAAGAUAGGUCAAAGAAAUCCCAAGCGAUGGGGAAGAACGGAGAUACAUCGAAGCAGAUGGAGAUCGAGAAGGAGAAGAAGGUCAAGAAAGAAGAUAAAUCGAACUUGAACAAGAGAGAGUCGAGAAACGAAUUUGUCGAACAAGAAAGUAUUCGAAAAAAGCGCUAUGGAACGAAGUAG